AUGCUUCGUCUAUUCCUAUUAGUUAUCUUGGUCUCUUUAAGUGAUGUGUGUAUCGGGCAAAGGUAUUGUGCAUUGCCACGAGUGUUGGCACCAGCACCAAGUGCGACCUACACUGUAAGUCCUGUCAAAACUUCAGUUCUGGUACCGCAACCGAUCGUCGAAAGAGUUGACCUGGUAGAAGUCGCUAGAGCUCUGAAGCAAGCCCAGAAUGAUCCUAUACGGGAUUUCGAGUGCGGUUGCUUCACUUCAGAGAUAAUCAGCAAACUUAUAGAUGCCUUAGUAGUCUCCACUACAGAACGCAAUUCUGGAAACUAUGGUAAAGGCGGUAAUUUGCUGAACGUCGCGCUCGGAGACACGGAUUUGUUGGGUGUAUCGAUUUCAAAUGUAGAAUGUUUUGGGCUACAUCGCCCAAUGCCACACAAUUACCAACCAGAACCAUGCUCUUCAUCGUGUGACGAGAUAAAAACCUUGUUGAAUCUCGCCCGCAUAUUGGAGGAAGACGAUAAACCAAAAAGUAACGCUUUUAACCCAGAAGAGUUGAUAAUGAAGUUGGUCAAUGCACUGGUGGUUACAUCCACCUCGCAAAACAGGUGCAACUGCGAUUAUAGAUCAGAAUACCCAUCUGGAGGAAGAGGCUCGCAGGCUUCAAGAGGCCAUAGAGAUGGUUUGGUGAAUCUAGAUCUACUAAAUCCCAAUAAUCCGAAUAACGUCGCUCAACUUGACCUUGGUAAGCAAACGAUAGCUGGAGUCGGAAUUGGGGAUACUACUAAUGGAGUUGUCGGUGGCGCACUAAAAGAUUUACUGUAA